CCACCGCCAUGCUUGCCGCAACACCUUCUCGCUCUACGCGCAAAUAUGAAGGGACUAGAUGAUAUGAUUGUGAGCGGCGAACCCGGCGUAUCUAAGAUCGAGCAGCUUCCUACGCCCGCGAUUUCUCCGAUACAUGGAAAUGUGGCUGUACCACGUCGUCGCCGCGAUUCAAACGAUGCCAAACGGGUGGGAAUGGUAGAGAACGACAGGGACAUAGAAGGGGGAUUUGAUUGCAGUAGGAGUCUUAGCGCGAGCUCGAGUAGUAGGCGACAGAGCAUCAAUGACGAGGCGGUGUUGUCGGAUACGAGCGCGAGCGAGAGGGCCCGACAUCCGCAAAUCACAAGACCGGGCGAUGGGAGAAGGAAGAGCAGUGUAAGCGAGCAGGAGAAACUACUGAAGCUUAGUCCGAAGCAGAUACUUGAGUUGACGGGUGAGCCUGCGAGUAUCCCGGUUCGAACGGCGACACCAAUCCUUGAGGAUGUGUUGGAGGGGGAGCGGAAAGAGGAUUGGGCGAUGGGGUUGUUGGGAGAACCAAUUGAGUUGAAUAAGGCCGGCGUAUUGCAUGGGGAGAGGGCAAAGGGCAUGACGAAGAACCUGGGAGUGAAGCAGGAGAGGGAGAUUGCGGCUAUCAAGAGCCCCUCUGGCGAGUGGAAAUAUGGCCGUCCCGGAUUGAGCUCGAGAGCGCUGUCUACACCGCCAGUAAUACGGAGGAAACAAUCAAGUCAGAGGGCCCAGGGGCAUGCUUAUGAGGGCGAGGGAGAGAAGAGGUCCACGAGACCAAUACCUCCACCGUUGAACCUCGACCAUAAAGAUCCUACGAGUGGAUCAAAUCUGAAGCCUCCUGUGACGCAGGACAGGGAACGCGAUACCCCAUCACCGAUGCCAGCUUCAAUGCCAAUCCCACCUCUCUCAAUCCCUACCUUCCUCUCCCUCGAACUCUCUGCGGACAGACCCUCGCCACUAUUCAUCUACCGACCCUCCACCACCGACUUCCCCUACGAAUCAUCGAAAAUCAAAUACGAACGCCUAGUAAACUUUCUCUUCCUUCCUCCGAAGCUGGAAGCAAUCCUCGGCUUUGGAGCCCUCGCUUGCUUCGACGCUUGGAUGCACGUCCUCACCAUCCUACCGUUACGCUUUUUCCUCGCUCUUGGGAUCCUGGUGAGAUGGUGGGGCUCCGUGAUCGUUAAGGAAUUCCGCGAUAUUGCGAGCUUUGUGUAUAGGGGACUCGGCAGGUUAUGGCGGAGAAGAUGGAAGAACGCGGAGAAGCCUUCGCCGGUGCUGAAUCAGCCAGUUGAAGAGGAAGCUACAACAAGAUCGCGGAGGCCGUCUGUUUCUACUGCCACUUCUACUGCUGUGUCGCCAAAACCUGCAACGACCUUGAGAGAGAAUGGAAAUGUGACGUUAAAUGGUUCUAUGCUAGAAUCGAAGGGGAAGCGUCUCCGAAGUUCCAGGUAUAGACAUCGGAGAACGAAGUCGACACCCUCGGCUCUCCUUCCGAGCCAUAAGGCAGAUAUCUUAAAGGGGCUCUUGGUCAUUUCGAGUUGUGCAAUUCUCAUGCGCUUUGAUGCGAGUAGAAUGUAUCACGGUAUUCGUGGCCAAUCGGCUAUCAAGCUAUAUGUUAUCUACAACGUCCUCGAGGUUUGCGAUCGCCUUUUCUCCGCCCUGGGCCAAGACGUCCUUGAAUGCCUAUUCUCCCGUGAAACCCUCGACCGUAAUCCAGACGGUCGCAGCAAAGUUAUCCGUCCCUUUUGGAUGUUCAUCCUUGCUCUCGUCUACAACGUAAUCCAUGCCACGGCACUCUUCUACCAAGUAAUCACACUCAACGUUGCUGUAAAUUCCUACUCCAACGCACUUCUGACUCUCCUCAUGUCCAACCAGUUUGUUGAGAUCAAAGGCACCGUGUUCAAGAAAUUCGAAAAAGAGAAUCUUUUCCAACUCACUUGUGCCGACAUUGUUGAGCGUUUCCAACUUUGGUUGAUGCUCCUCAUCAUCGCUAUGCGGAACAUCGUCGAAGUCGGUGGUCUCAGCAUUCGCAGCAGCGAAUCCUCUUCGUCCUCAUGGGGGGGUGCUUUCGGAGGCGGGAACUCUAGUACUGCUUCGUUCGCAACACCAAGUAUUGUCCCGCUCAGUUUCACUGUGUUUCCAAAAUGGAUUGGGCAAGUUCUGAAUCCUUUUUUGUUGGUGCUGGGCAGCGAGAUGUUAGUGGAUUGGUUAAAACAUGCCUACAUUACCAAGUUUAACCAAACGAAACCGGAAGUCUAUGACAAGUUCUUAGAUGUACUUGCGAAGGAUUAUUACUCGAAUGCCUUCACAGACCCCAACUUAACUCGCCGUCUUGGCCUGCCUGUCCUUCCACUCGCAUGUCUCUUCUUCCGCUCCGCCAUCCAAACCUACCACAUGUUCAUCGCAACCCACAUGCCGCUCCCCUUCCCCUCAACCGCCACCUCCCUUACGACCGAGUCUGCGACCACCUCUUCCCCCGCCACAACCGCUGCCCUCCAACACAUCGACCAAAUCUUCCGUCGCGCCCUCGGCCGCUCCGCCUUCGGCGCCGGCGGAAACGGUGACGCGUCAUCCUGGUGGACAUUCUGGAGAUGGGAUCUCGACGACACGAUCGCGUUCGCGACCAUGGCUAUCGUUUUCCUAGUCGCGUAUCUCUGUUUCUUAGCGAUUAAACUCGUUCUCGGGAUGAUUUUGCUCACACUUGCACGGAAUAGAUAUCACGGGAUGAAGGAACGGGAGAGGAUGAAUGUGGAGACGGGCGGGAAGAGGAUUGGGGGGUGGGGUGUAGUGGAUGUGGAUGAGGAGAAGAGGAGAUGGAUUUAUAAUGAUGAUGCGGAGGGGUUAAGGGGUUUGAGAGAGAGGGAUGAGAGACAGAGGGGUAAGGAACAGAGGGAAAAGGAGCAGGGGACGGCGUUUGGACAUGUUAGUCGGUAUGCUAUGGUUGCUAAGAGGAUUUGGUGAAGGGAGAAGAGGGGUGAGUUGGUGGAAAGUAGC